GCCGUCAUAUGACAUCUCGAAGGAGACACAAUGUAAACAAAUGCGUUGUGCUGCCGCAACUUCUUUCUAGUCCGAACUUAAAAAGGUGUUUGCCCUGUGUUGCUCUAUAUUAUGAGUUCUAAUGGAAAUAUUGAAGUCUCUCUCAAGAUUCCGUUUCCGACCAAACGGGAAGCCGAGAUAGCGUACGAUGUGCUGCGUGUCGAUAGUGAACCGAAGCGAAGUUUCACCAACAAACGUAUUAAACUAGAAGAAAACGUACUGCUGCUAGAACUGUCCGGCGAACAGGCGAAAAACGUGCGUGUUGGUGUGACAUCGUUCUGCGAGCUACUUCUCCUUUGCUGCGAAACACUCGAACAAUUUGGUCCCCCAUUGUCGGACAAAUACGCUCAUUACUGAUCCCAACGCACCGUUCAAGGCGUACGCGAUGCCUGAGC